AUGAAUGGUGAUGUCCAAUUUGAUAAUAUCAGCUUUGCUUAUCCAGCUCGACCAGAUGUCUUAGUCCUACGAAAUAUCAGUCUGAUAGCUCGUGCCGGUGAGAUAACAGCUUUAGUUGGUUCAAGUGGUUCGGGCAAGAGCACAUGUAUUUCACUUCUACUUCGUUUUUAUGAACCUUUAUCGGGCCAUAUUGCAAUCAAUAAUCGAUCGAUUACCUAUUGUGAUUUGAAACAAUUCCGAAAAAAGAUUGGUGUUGUCAGUCAAGAACCAGCUCUCUUUGCCACAAGUAUCUAUGAAAAUAUUCGCUUGGGUAAAGAAAAUGCAACGAAAGCUGAAAUUGAAGAAGCAGCACGUCAAGCCAAUGCGCAUGAUUUCAUUAUGCGCUUACCGGAUGUUUAUAUCGAAUAA